AUGGCCAAGACCAAUCAGACGGAUCCUGCACAGUGCAAGAAGAGUAUUUACCGAGACUACACUAAGGAAGAAGUCAGCGAAAGUGAGCUCGUAACUAAGAAAGCCGGUAUCAGAAACGAAACCCUUCCAAAAUCAAAAGCAAAGAAGUCAAGGAACGAAGCUGCUUCUCUAAUAGCCCCGUUGAAUAGGAGGGCGAAGGCUUUUUCGAACCGAUCUAUAUGGAAGGGCAGUUUUGUUGAUGCUUUCCUGUUUAGAAUAAAGAAGAACAGAGAAAGUCUGAUGAGCAGGAAAAUUUGGUCACGUAGAUCUUCUAUUUCGCCGGAAUUCGUUGAUUGCUCCGUACUCAUUUACAAUGGAAAAACUCCUGUUCGUUGUAAGAUCACUGAAGGAAAGGUUGGUCAUAAAUUUGGAGAGUUUGCUUUUACACGGAGACGAAGACCCUAUAGAACAAAUAGAGGAAAGGGCAGAAAGGGGCAAAAGUAAAGUCUAAGCGACAUAUGGCACGAAAAGGAAAUCCAAUUUCGGUAAUCCGAAUCCCAUAUAGCUCUUUUCUUCAUACUCGACCAGCCCUAGGUUGGGGAUAAUGAUUUUUUCAAAUCUUGUUGGGAGAUGCUUCGCUCCGAGUCCGACUGGGACGGAAUGGGGGACCCAGGCCCUUCAAUGCCUCCCUCCGGAUCCACUAACUCGGAAGAAGAGCUAUUCAAUUUCUGGCUGACUGUGACUCUGCAUCCCGGGAGCAGACCGCUCCCCCGGAAGCUGUGGUCAGUCAAGAGCGGCAUCCGAAUCCCGCUCCAAUCCCUCCAGCGCAGGUUCCCGCUCCAAUGCCUGGAGCGGCAGCGGAAGCAGAACAGAACCCUCCUUCUUUUGAUUGGGAGGGACGACCUCUCUCUCUUUGAGAGGAAAGUUCUCUACAAAAGGCCCACGCCUGUCACGCCCAGAUUCUGGACACAUUGCGUGAUAUUACUCUGAAGAAUGGAGAGGAGCUCCGUGAAGAAGACUAUCGCACCAUGCUUGAUUUCAUGUUGAGCCGACUCCAGUCCGACGUCAAUCCCCGGGCGCUGAAGGAGCUCCUGAACAGACUCCAAAACGGUCGGGCACGAUCUCAAACUUCUAGGGCUAGGGCGGCAAGGAGAUUCCUCGACGAGGACUAGUGAGGCUAUAGUACUGACUAUGCAUAGGACUACAAAGGUGAAAAGACAGGAUGUAUUCCGACGAAAUGCCUUGGAUGUGAUCGGCAAGAGAAAGAUGGAAUUUGGUAUAAGGAAGGAAAUCAAACGCGUUGUUUGAGAAGGAAAAAGGGUAACUAGAGAAAAAAGAAAAAUAGGCUCUCCCUGGACUCUACGCAGGACUUCUUUCUAAGCCUCACAUAAUUUGAAUUUCUCUGACAUUCCAUGUUUCCGAAACGGAUCCUAUAAAAUAUUUCACUUUUUCUA